CAAGUAUUGCUGUGCCUUACUAUUCUCCUCCAUGAAUAAAGAAAUGUUCACGUGCUGGACGCAAUAAGUAUCCUGCAUACAUGCCAAAACGGUCACUAUAUAUUUACAAUGCCGGCGCUAAAACUAUUAUUAGAAAAUCUUAUUUUCCAGGGAUCUUAAAAUGAAUUUUCUCUAAUACUCUUUGAUCUAAAAGUGUAAUUACUGGAACCUGCGUGAUUUUUAUUUAAUGAUUGAGCUUGCUCAACGCUGAAACAAUGAGCUGGAGGCAUAGAGGCCGAGAAACUUGGGACCGUGGUGGUCCCCAUACAUCAUACCAGAGUUCCUACUAUGGACCAAGAUUUUCUGAUCCUCCUAAUAGCUACGGUGAUUUUCAUGAAGAUCCUGCUUACAUGCUGGCUGCACGGGAAAGACCAUUUGACCACCAUGGCCCUGACUUUGCUUACCAUAUGAGUGAAGGGCAUGGCAGAUCAUUUAGAGAAAGAGAGAUUGGGAGGUUGCCAGAAAGGAGGAAUGACAUUUCCAGAGAAAAUAGUGAAAGUUUUUGCAGAAAGAUCAUUCCUAGAAAAGAAAUCCAAAGUUUGCCUUCGUUGUAUUUGUUUUCAUGGGAUAUUUUCCAUGAAGCAUCAUAUGUGGAUGCAAUAUCUCCUUCGGUUGUGGAGCCUUCAGAUGCUGAUGGUGCCGAGAAUGAACCUACAGUGAGUGAUAAGGUCAAGACCAGCGUCAGCAAAAUCUUUGAAAAGUCGCCACAAGUUAAAAGUGAUGAGCUCAAUAAUUUCCUCAAAUAUUUCAGAAAAAUUAAUGAUAGCAGAGACAAACGGAAAUUAAUGCAUCCUUCAGAAAUUGGGUGCCAUAUUGACUACCAUAACAACCAAGAACUUAUCAAUGACAGCUGUGCAAAAAAAGCUCCUUUAUAUUCUCGUGUGAGCUCCUCACACGUCCAGGAACUUUUGGCGAAUUCUGCAAUUGCCUUGGAAGAAGCACGCGAUGCAAAGUUCUCUUUUGAUGUCCAGGAGAAGAUGAAACAGCACAGGCUCUUGAUAUUAGCUCUGAUUGGGCAGACUUACGUGUCAAGUUCUGUUUAUCGGGUUAAUGGAUCCGCCCUACCCCAACAAUGGGCCUAUAAAAGGAUACAUCUAGUAGGCGACUCUCGCGUGCACAACCUGUACAACUCGGAGGCAUGGGAAGGCGUCCCAAUAAACCGACCCUUCCUCUACUGCAAGGACGAUUUGUCACUCUUCACUCUCACAAGUACCAUCCAAGAACUGAUACCCAAAGUGUCAGUCAAGGGCAAGUCCCUGGUGGUGUGCUCCGUCGGAUUACGGGACAUCGUGCGCACAAUUGACGAGCUAGGAGUCCUCAUAACGCUUGAGAACACCAUCGCCGACAUGAAGAAAAUACGCCAAGAGUUUAAAACUUACUACGGGGAUGAACACGACCUUCUCUUUGCCGAUUUUCUACCUGCUGAUGUUUGCACUCUUCUUGAACUGCACAAGGAUACACUGUCUAUUGAGGAGUCGGAGGAGCUCGUUGAGCUGUGCAACGAAACAACGGUGAAACUUUUAAAGUUUACUUACUUGCUCACGCAGAAUAUGAUCUCCGAAGAUCUCUCCCGUUUGAAGCACUUGCCCUCUUGGGAAAUAUUCUGUAACCCUGUUGAAGCAAAAUUAGAAGACACAUGUAUCAAACUGCCUACUUUGUCUGAAGGAUUUAACCCAGACCUUGAGAAGUUCAAUGGCAUUAGUUCCCGCAUUAGUGACAUUUAUCAAUCUUAUUGUAGAUUGCAGCAACCCCCUGACUUCAACUCGACCAAGCGUUCCAUUUUCUUUGUGUGUAAUCAGAAGUAUCAGGCGAUGGACGAAUUCUGGCCAAAGAAAAUAACUCGCGAGAAACCAAAAUUCAUCUUUCUGGAGCGGGUCACGUCAGUCACAAUCGUUACUUCUCUACGUCGGCACUUCCCGCUGCCAGAAUACAGCAUCCUCGUGGUCUGGUUUGAUGUGUCCGAGUUUCUGCACAGCUACUCCUUGAGCGACUGCUCGUGCGGCUCUGCACUGAAGAUUAGCCUGCCUCGUUUCCUUCCACCCAGUCACAUCUACGAUGAACUUGUACGUGUGCGCAAGGCCUUGGAGCAAAGUUGUGGGUCUCCCAAUGUCGUAUUGACAACUUUGUGUCCCAUAGAUUUUCCCGAACUUUUCAAAACUCAAUUAUCCGCUCAUAAACCUUCGUGCCAACUCAUAGACGUCCCUUCAAAUAACGAACUUGAGAAAAUCAAGCAGUACCAUCUUGCAGUUGUGGACAAAGUCAACUUGUACAUCGUGCAAUCCAACAGAAUGAAGGGCUUACCUGCAUGGGAUUUGUGUAGUUUUCUGUACAAACGUGAGCGGGAUGGCUGCCUAACCUUUAUUCCUCUUGUGUCACCUUCUGAUUUUGGGCCAGCCAAGCCUCAAACUGCUGCCAAAAUCAUGAUGUGCCUGUCUCAAUGUGGCCAGAAAACCAUCCAAGAUCUAAAUUGGCUGGAGUAUUGUAAUGACGCCAUGAAUGUUGGAAAGACAGGAAAGAGAGCUCGGAGCCACACUAGACGCCAUUCAUGGUCAAGAUCACCUCCUCCUCGUGAUCGAUCUGAAUACUAUUCUGCCCCUCGUCGUUCAAGGUCUCCAGGACGUGCUCCCCUCCUACCACCUCCUGGCACUCCGUUCUUCGAUCCCCUACCGGAUCACCGUCCUACGUACCCUGAUAAUUCAGCCAGGUUGACAGUUCCCUUUCAUUCAUACCCCUCACCGUACACCAGAGAACCUAGUUAUUAUCCCGAAGAUCCUGUGCAUCCAAGGUCUGUGUAUCAUCGAUUAGAUGCUGAUGGACGAUAUCCCGACAAUAGCAUUCCGACUAGUACCAGACAUUCCGAGUUCGAGUAUCAUGAACGUCGAGGUUAUCGUCCCUCGCCUCCCCGUUAUCCAGCCCCUAACACAGACUUUGCUAUGCCCGCUCCCUCGCCGCCUCCUGCUCCACCUCCUCUCUCAUUAAUGUCUCGUUAUUAUAAGAAUGCCCCGUCGUAUGACGGUAGCGACGACAUUUUUUCCUCUACUGCUGUUCCUGCCGCAGCGAACUUGCCUGAAAUCCCUCACAUUGAUGCCCCUGACGUGUUAGACCCCGAGCGAAAACGCGUGUGCUUUGGACUGAAAGCAAAAGAAGAAUCACGAGAAAGUGGGGAGCAAACUCAGCCUGCUGCUGCUACUUCUGCCACGUCAUCUGGUGGUAGCUUACCGGACGAAAGCGCCCUGAAGAGCCUCAUCGCAUCCCUGCGAGCCGCUCACGAAGUCGAGGUGGAGAAGCUACGCGUUAACCCUAAAGCGCACAGCAAGUACGAGCAGCAGCGCCAGGAGUUUAUGCGUCAGGCCCUACAGUCGCCCACCGAGGACAACAAACCAAUGGACGCUGCGUCCGUCGAGCGCGUGUGGCUCGUCUUUUGGAAAAUGCAGCUCGAGAAAAGCUUCGCCAAGACAUGGGAAAAGCGAGUAACACAUCUGACCACCAUGCUCGGGGGUGGCAAACCUCUUCCUGCUAAGUCGAUGGAAGUCAUCCAGAAGCUCACCAAAAUCGAUUUUCCUCCCGAAUCGAUGAGUUACAACGAACAACAGUUUACUGCAUCUGAAUCUAAUUUGCUUAACAAGUUUAGAAAGCAGAAGCUUUCAGCUGGCUCUUUUGCUCCAUUACCAGAAAUAAAGAAAGCCCCUGGGGUGUUGUUAGGGGAGAAAAUGCUGACUCAGGUCCAGAGAGGCUGGAGGAACAUCGGCUGUAAGAGCAGCCAGAGCAUGGUUGACAACGCCCUCACCAAGCUCGACGAUUUCAUUGGUAAAACGGGCAUCUCUCGCGAAGAUCGCGAACAAUACAUCGACUUGCGCAAUAAACUUCGGUCCUUUAAGGCAUUUCUGAGAACUAAAGAAGCGAACCCCUUUGAUUUAGACUUGAAGUCUCUAAGUGAAAUCGCAGCCAACUUCAACCGAGCCGAGAUGCGGGAGUACGUGGAGGGAGUUCUGCAGACGAAAGGGGUACAAAAUCCUGCUCAUGAAGAUGUGAUCGUCACGUGCGAGGCUCUCAUUGCACUUCAACAUCGCCCCAGGACAGCCUUUGUACGAGGACCAAUUCUUAAUCCCUAGAAGAGCUGCUAUUUUUUCUUUCAGUUCAGUAUUUUUUUUUUUUUUUGUAAAUGCGAUUUUCACUUCGAGUGUGUGAGUAAAGAAGUAUUGAAAAAUUUCACCCUAGAAUGCUUGUUUUCGGCCUAGGCUUGUUUCAAAAACUUCCUCGAUUUUCCUGCUUUCAAUUCAACUACUACUGUGUUAUGUAUUUCAAGGCCUCAAUAGUUUAUUCUGUUUUUGACUAAUUAUCUUAUUUGCAGAGAUAAUGUUCUUCACUGAAUCAUACCGGUAUUGCUGUACAGGUAUUAUAUUCUUUCGAGCGAACAUUUGAUUUUUCUCUUUGGCAUUGAACUAUGUGGCAAAACACAAUGCAUUGAACCUGUACACUAACGAGUUAGACUAAAUUUUGUAAUUCGUUCGACUUGAACCAAGAGACGCACGUCACGCUUCAAAUCACUUAACAGUGCAUUGUCUUUUUUCGUUCGAUAUUAAAUUCUAUCUCUUCUAAAACUUAUUCAUUGGACAGCUGGCGUAUCGCUAUUUUAUUUUCCUCAUACUAUUCAUUUGCUUGCAUCAUAGGUUUGGGUGGACUAGUCCGUUUGCUUUUGGCACGAGACGUACUGUUUUAGUAGGAAAUUUUGGACUAAACUGUACCUGCUAAACUUGCCGUUACUUGUUGCCUUUUGAUCCCUGUAUACAAUUUUUUGAACGUGACUAAUGAUAUAAUUAUUAUCAUUCUUAGUUUUUCAUCUCAACUCCUUUCAACUGAAAAAAUUUCAGUUGAAAAUUUUUUUUAGGAGAAAAUUUCAACUCCUUUCAAUGCAAUUUUCUCCUUUCUUGGAAUUCUGUUUCCCAGUGUAAUUUAUCAAUGCAUGUAAAUACUGAUACUAUAAAAGUUUCUCCUGUUGAUGUAAAUUCUUUGUUCUCUUGCUGAAAGCUCAGGUUAAAAAGACGAUAUUUAGUUCAAGAAUCCGAGUAAUAACUAUGAAUUUUUGCGCUGGUGCUUCCAAAAUAUUAACAUUCGUCUAAAAGCUGCCUCGCCCAACAAUAAGAUUUGAAUUUCGGUAAAUAAAAGCAAAUAUUUAUGAUAAACAGGAUCUUAAAAGUGUGUUUAUUGUGGCCGAUAUUGUCAUUGUUACUUUUAUCUUUUAUGAAUUGUAUGUAAAUGUAAUCGGGCUUUGUGAUAUCGUCUACUCAGGCUCUUUACUGUGUCGGCAUAUUGAUCGCCAUUACAGUUCGAAUAUUGUGUAGCUAAUAACUCGCAAUGACGAAUACAUAAACGUUUAAUAUCCCACAGUUCAACCUUGGUGCACUUUCUUCAAAUUUGAUUCUUAAAACUAUCUUGUUGGUUAUACCUAGACAGCGGUUUGAUAGGGCAAGAAUUAUAAGCUCGAUUUUCAACCAAUUAUAAAUUUGUUACAGAUUUUUCAACCAGUUUGUGGGCUCUUGAUUCAUUUGUGUAUUUAAGGAUUGUUCGUCGCUCUAUUGUAAUUUUUUUUUGUGCCAGUUCUUUUAGCUUGGGAAGGUACCAAUACAGCUUCAUCAAAUAACAAUGAAAUCUGUGUGUAUGAAUAGUAUAAAAAGACAUUAUAAUUACUUGUGUAUCAUCUACAAAUUUUCCUAUUUCGCGCAUGGAAAAUCUUAAAACUGUUAUGCAUAAGCAUCUCUUGUUUAGUGGCAAAUUGUGACUGCCUACAAACUGCUGCUUUGAUCUCGAUGUAAUUAUUAUCGCGCAUACGAAUCCUCAAGUUAUGUUGCGAGAGUUCCACUGUAUAGCAUACAUAGUAUUUGUUAUACCUUGCUAAAUAACUGAACAUACAUGAGCGUGUUAUU